AUGGGGUGGUUGUUUCCUGUGUUGCUGCUCUUUCAUUUUUCAUUCUCCCAUUCCUUGUGUCACCCUCAUGACAACCUUGCAUUGCUUCACUUCAAGGCCUCCUUAACCAUUAGUAUUACGUAUAAUUAUUGUGAUGAGAUUUAUCGAAGCAUAGAAAGAUGGGAAAAUGGAACAGAUUGCUGCUCUUGGUCUGGAGUGACCUGUCACCCCCUUUCUGGUCAUGUCAUUGCCUUAGACCUCGCAUGUGCUGUGCUUCAGGGUAAAAUCAAUGCAAACAGUACCCUUUUCGGUCUUUCUCAUAUGCAAUCACUCAAUCUUGCUUUCAAUGACUUCUCCAACUCUCAAAUUCCAUCCACCAUAGGUGACCUUGUGAGCCUCACACACCUCAACUUGUCUUCUUCAAACUUUCAAGGUGAAAUUCCUCCCCAAAUCUCACAUCUUUCCAAAUUACAAUCACUUGAUCUCUCUCAACUUGAUGAUUUUGAGUUUCAGUUAAAGUGGGAAGAAGGCACAUGGAAGAGGAUGCUCCAAAAUGCAACCCAUUUAAGGGUUCUAGUUUUGGAUCGUACAAAUUUGUCAUCAACUUCAAUGAGCUCACUCAAUUUGUCUUCCUCUUUGAUCACUCUAAGUCUUAGAGGAACCGGGAUAAAGGGAAAGUUGACAGAUGACAUUCUUUGUCUGCCAAAUCUGCAACACCUAUAUCUAUCACGUAAUACUGAUCUUCAUGGCCAACUUCCGGACCUGAGUUGUACUUCAGCUUCUCUCAAUGUCUUAGAAAUGAUUAGUUGUGAUCUCCAAGGGCCAAUCCCUCCUUCUUUCUCUAACCUCACACAUCUUACUUCAUUGGACCUCUCAUACAACUACAUCGACGGUUCAAUUCCACCCUCUCUCUUAACCCUUCCACAUCUAAAUAUUCUGCGUCUCCGUUAUAAUCAUCUCAGUGGUCAAAUACCGAAUGUAUUUCAUCAGUCAUCGAAAUUUGAAGAAUUGCUUUUGAGAGAUAACUAUAUCCAAGGUGAACUACCAUCAACAUUUUCAAAUCUUCGACACCUCAUUUUCUUGGAUAUAUCUCGUAACAAAUUAGAGGGACCUCUGCCCAACAAAAUAACUGGGUUUUCAAAUCUAACUACAUUAUAUUUGAAUUCCAACUUGCUAAAUGGUACAAUUCCUUCUUGGUGUUUCUCUUUGCCAUCGUUGGAAGAAUUAUAUCUAUCUUAUAAUAAGUUCACGGGGCGUAUACCUGCAAUCUCCUCAUAUUCCUUACAGAGUCUAAUCCUGCAUGGCAACAAGCUGCAGGGCAAUAUUUCAGAAUCAAUUUUCAACCUUGUCAACCUUACUGUCUUAUAUCUGUCAUCAAACAACUUCAGUGGUUCUCUCAAUUUUUCUCUCUUCUCCAAGUUCCAAAAUCUACAAAUUCUUGGCCUUUCAAAUUUAAGUCAAUUAUCACUACACUUUGAAUCAAACGUCAAUUAUAGUUUCUCCAGCUUGCAAGAGUUGGACUUGUCUUCUAUGGGUUUGACUGAAUUUCCAAAAUUAUCAGGAAAAAUCCCAGUUUUGCGACGUCUCUAUUUGUCCGACAACAAAUUGAAGGGAAAGGUGCCGAAUUGGUUGCAUGAAAUGGAUUAUUUAUAUGAUGUAAGACUAGACCGAAACUUUUUGACAACAGGAGUGAACCAAUUCUCUAGGAACCAUCUACUCGGAUAUCUUGAUCUAAGUUUCAAUUUACUGAGUGGUGCUAUCUCUUCGUCAAUUUGUAAUGCAAGUUCCCUCGAGGUACUCGUGUUGUCCAACAACAAGUUGACAGGCAGCAUUCCACAAUGCCUUGUGAGUUUACCGAAACUUUCCGACUUGAGUCUAGAAAGCAACAGACUUAAUGGAACUUUACCAAAUACCUUUGCAAACAAUUAUCUCUGGAAUCUGAAUCUCAAUGACAACCGAUUUGAAGGUCCUUUGCCAGAAUCAUUGUCCCACUGCAUGCAAUUGGAGGUUUUAAAUCUUGGGAACAAUCAACUGCAAGAUACAUUUCCCCAUUGGCUUCAAACUCUACCAUUUUUGAAAGUAUUGAUUUUGCGGGAUAAUAAGUUGCACGGUCCUAUUUCCAUAUUCAAGACCAAGUAUGGAUUUUCUAGUUUAAAUGUUUUUGAUAUCUCAUCCAACAACUUCAGCGGCCCAGUUCCAGAACACUACAUACAAAGUUUUGAAUUCAUGAAGAAUGUUGUUCAACACGAUGCGGUUGGCAUUCCACAGCGAUACAUUAAAAUCCCACUUGAUAUUGAACCAUUUUAUACACUUAUGACUGUAACAACAAAAGGUAUUAGCAUGCCCUUCAAAAAAGUUCCAAUAAACUUUGUGAGCAUUGAUUUAUCAGGAAACAAAUUUGAAGGAGAGAUUCCAAAAGUAAUUGGAGAGCUUCAAGCACUCACAGGACUUAACCUCUCCCACAACAGACUCGGGGGUCCUAUUCCCCAAUCCAUGGGAAAUUUGACAAUGUUGGAAUCUUUGGAUCUCUCUUCAAAUAUGCUCACUGGUAGGAUUCCUACAGAAUUGGUGGAUAUGAAGUUUCUUGAAGUACUGAAUCUUUCCUAUAAUCAUCUUGAGGGAGAAAUACCCAGAGGAAAGCAGUUUGAUUCUUUUUCGAAUGAUUCCUAUAAGGAAAACUUGGGCUUAUGUGGAGAUCCAUUGUCAAUGAAAUGCAACCAGAAGCAUGAUCAGCAUGAUCAGCAUCAUCCAUAUUCACAAAGCUUGCAGAGAGAAGAGAGAUUUGGAUUUGGUUGGAAAGCAGUGGCUAUAGGAUAUGGUUGUGGAACAGUAUUUGGAGUGGGGAUUGGAAGUUUUAUGUUUUUCAUGGGAAAGCCAAAAUGGCUUGUGAGAAUGUUUGGGGGUUAACUUUAUUAGAUGCUCAAAAUGAACGGUGUGAGGAGGACUCAGAUCAGCUCACACGCAAAUGUGUUAUGUUGUUUUCUUUUCUCAUGUCUUAAUUGUGGUAAAUUUGUAAGAGUGUUUCAAAGUUUAUAAAUCUACCGAGUUUGUGUUUUUCUUUA